UCGCUAAGUCGAAUUAUUGAGAUUCGCCGAUUCUUCUUUCGUAAUAUAUACAGAGUCGAAUUAUUUAGAAGAAAGAUCCAACAAGCAUCAAAAAAUUCCAAAGAAACUAUAAGAUAGAGAGCCUAAUUACCAAUAUCACCACUUCGAUUUCGACAACGGCCUGAAGCGAGCGAACUGCCGGGGCUCGGCAUUCGGGUGGCUGUUCAUGGUGCAGAGCAUCCCUGUGUUGCUCCCACCGCUCACUACUUUCCCAGAUGUUGUGGCUUACCGCCCCGAAAGAGUCGGGGCCGAGUACCUGCUCCUGUACUUCGACAUGGUGGCGAUGGGCAAGAAGUACGUGGAGUCUUUACUACAUGAACCGGCUCGCGAUGUCGGACGAUCCCACUGCGGAGGGCUGUGUUUUGAUGGCCAUGAACAGCCACCCCUAGCGUUUUGCAAGCCUAGAGGAAGUGAUCACAAGUGGACAUUGCUUCCGAAUACCGAAGAUGGCACCCCGGUUGUCUAUAAGAACGUAGUGUUCUGGAGGAACAAAUUCUAUGCUGUCGAGAUCUACAACAGAAUUCUCGUUUGUGAUCUUGAUAUCCCCAAUGUGUCCUUCCUCGCUCGUGAGAUGGGUAUUCAGCAUCUCUUAUACGAAAACAGCUACCUAGUUGUAGGUCCGGCUGAUGAGUUGAUGUUCGUCGGCAGAAUUCAUGUUGAAGGCGAGGAUGUUGUUGGUGUCCGAGAUGAACAACUAGAUGCUGGCCAGGAAGAGGAGGAUGCAGUGGGCGAGGACGAUAGAGCCUCGCCGUCGAUUCCUGAAAAAGUUGUUGAUGAUGAUAGGCACGAGGUCGAUGAUCAGAAUGUUGAGUGCAUUUGGGAUAGCGACUCGGAUGACGAGUGGAAAGACCGUUGGAGUUACAAGACCAGAGAGUUUACAGUUUACAAGCUCAAUGAAGAUACGAAUCAAUGGGAUGAGGUCAAAAGCAUUGGUGACUAUGCUUUGUUCUUGGGUACUAAUACCCCUGCUUGCCUCUCCACCCAAGAUCACCCGGGGUAUAAACCGAAUUGCAUAUAUUUCACCGACGACUAUUUCGAGAAGCAAAAAAGACGGAGGCACGAUGGUCAUGAUAUGGGCAUAUACAAUCUCAGUGAUGGAACGAUUGAGUCACUCUGCUGUACCAACUUAUAUGAAAAACCUUCUCUAGUUUGGCCGCCGCCGGUCUGGGUUUGGCCUACUAUCUAUUAGCUUGUAUCAGAAAGUUUCAUCGUUUAAGUACCGCUGUCUUUGUCGUACAAUGUUUAGCAACCCGUAUUCAUGUUCGAGUUUAAGUUAAUCAAUAGAUGUUUCUAUC